CCAAUCCCGCCCGCCUGCCGCCAGGCCGCUCAGCCGAGCUCCGAGCGCCGCCGGUGCCCGCUGCGGGCGGGCCGAGGAUGGCCCUGUCGCGGGGGCUGCGCUGCUGCCAGCGGGCGUUCGCCUGGGUGCCCGUCCUCAUCAUCGCCCUCGUCGUCCUCUGGUCCUACUAUGCCUACGUCUGCGAGCUGUGCCUGAUGACUCUCAGCAACCCUGCAGAAAAAGAGAUGUCCCAGCAUUUGAAACAGUUGCAGAGGAACUCUGGAAAGCACGAUGGUGAUGAUCAUCCAGCAGAAAGUAGUUACUUGUUGCCAGUGGCCUAUCUUAUAAUAUUCCAUAUUCUCUUUGUGCUCUUUGUGUGGACAUACUGGAAGUCUAUUUUUACUCUCCCGGUUCAGCCAGGCAAAAAGUACCAUAUGUCCUACGCUGACAAAGAACGCUAUGAAAAUGAAGAAAGGCCAGAGGUGCAGAGGCAAAUUCUUGCCGAAAUUGCGAGGAAGCUGCCAGUGUACACGAGAACGGGGAGCGGAGGUAUUCGAUUCUGUGAUAGAUGCCAGCUGAUAAAACCAGAUCGUUGCCACCAUUGUUCUGUUUGUGCCGUAUGUGUCCUAAAAAUGGAUCAUCACUGUCCAUGGGUGAAUAACUGCAUUGGAUUCUCUAACUACAAAUUCUUUCUACUCUUCUUAGCCUAUUCUUUGUUGUAUUGCUUGUAUAUUGCUGCAACGGUCUUCAAGUAUUUCAUUAAGUAUUGGACAGGUGAGCUGACUAACGGACGUUCCAAAUUUCAUAUCCUUUUCCUUCUCUUUCUGGCGGUUAUGUUCUUCGUUAGCCUUAUGUUUCUGUUUGGCUACCAUUGCUGGCUCGUCAGUAGAAACAGAUCUACUUUAGAGGCUUUCUCAACUCCAGUAUUUCAGAAUGGCCCAGAUAAGAAUGGAUUCAAUCUUGGCUUUGUAAAGAAUCUUCAGCAAGUGUUUGGCGAAGAAAAAAAGCUGUGGUUACUACCUAUUGCCUCCAGCCAGGGUGAUGGACAUUUUUUCCCAAUGAGAGCUUUGUGUGAGGCUCAGAAUCCUCUCCUAUCAAACGAAGAACAGUGGGAAGAUGACGGAAUAGAUGAGGAGCCUCAUGAUUCCGGUGAAGCUGCAUCCCUUGCCAUAGAAAGGGAGACGUAGCGGUUUGAAAAUGGCAGCAGUAGAAAGCUUGUUCAGAAAGCUUCCCUCUCAGGAGUCAACAUCCCUUCUCUCUGCAUGGACUUCAGUUUUGAGAGGCAGAAAAUAAGUGGAUCUUCACGAUGUAAAAGCAUCAAGAAGUAUCAUUUGAUUGGAAUCUGCAUUCUAGAGUGCUUCUCCAGAUAUCCUGCUAUCCAGAUGUUUCAAGGCUUUAUAAGUUUAAGUUAUGGAGUGAAUGGAACAGUUUUACGGAGUGAUUCUGGCCAGUCUUCCUUGGCCUGCUCUCUUUAUUUUAUAAAUAAUAUAUAUUUUUUAUUCAAAGUAGGUUUAAAAAAAAAGUAUUGAUGCGAGUGCAUUUCCAAAGGCCUUUUCAUUUUGCAAACGUCAGGGACUUGAGUUCUCAAAAUUCUUCCAAGCCAUAAUAUUCUUGGGGAUGGUAUUUAUACUGAGGCUGAUGCUCUAACCUUCUCAGCCAAGUGGCAUUUUCUAGAAUGUUUAAAGUUCUGAGUCUGUUCAACUCAAUGAGAGUCUGUAGACUCACUUAAAUUUGGCACUAAAUUGAUAGUUGAUAUAUGUGUGUUGAAAGAAAAAGUGCUGAACGUGUAUAUAUACAUGUGCAACUGUGUAUGAAAACAGAACGAUCACAUUGCCAGUAUUAAGAUUCAAGAAUAUUGUGGCCACAGAUGCUUUUUUUUCUAGGAGAGUGUAAAUAUCUUAUAGUUUGUGUUACAGUGCCCUUCAAUCCUACUUACGGUUACCUAAAGCGCAAACAGGAAUUUUAGGCAGCACAAUGUGCAUUAAUUGCUAGGGCUAAAAGGACAGUGUUUGCACGGUAAUUAGAGCAUUAUCAACUCAUUCCCGGGCCCGUGUUCCAUGGAAAACCUUGUGGAGUCAGAAAGGAAGGUGCAGAUUUGAAACACCUGCAUUGGAAAUGUGUGCUGAAUGUUUAGCUCCCGCAGUAGCUUGGGGUUUGCAUUCUGCCGAGGUGGUUUUAGUCCCAUAGUGCUGAAGAGACUUUUGAUGUACUGAAUUAUCUCAAACCUCUUCCUCCGUAGAUGUAUUGACUGAUAUUUAAAAGGUUUUUCAGCCCCAAGAGGUGAUUAGAUUCUUUAUCUUGCUCCAUUUGCAGUCAGAGGAAUGUAUUGCUAUCUGUACUGUGUGGAGUGGAACUGAGAAUUUGCUGGCAGGAUUUUUAUGUAUUUUUCUAGAUCCAAGUCACUAUUUUAUCUGCAUGGUCCAGACCUGGCGACUCCAUCUCUCCUGUUUCAAUGAGGUGCAUGUUUACUGAAUUGGUAUACUGCUUUUAAGAUCAUUUGUUAGCGUUUUCUAUCCUGGUUUUGUGUUCGUUCAUCAGCCUGUUCGUGUGGGCUCUGACUACAGAAGCAGUUGUCGUGAGUAAUCGCCUGCUCUCAGUAUCUGUUGGUGAUAGGCCUUGGCUACAGAUUACGACUCUUCUCCUCUUUCCUCUGUUGUGCUACCAGUGGAAGUGUGUCAGUGAGACAGAAGAGACGUGCAGAGAUGUUUUGUUGAUGAGUAGACGUUUAACUACCUAGUAUAAACCAUGCCCUUUGGACACGGUGUUUUGUACGUCAGACUGUGCUUAGGAGUAGCACAGGCAAUAGACUGCAAAAAGUACUACUGCUCAAGUGUAGUUCUUGAAAAUUGGGGCGGGUUCUCCCGGUCUAAGUUACUCUGUUUUCUCUUUAGAGUUUUACAGAAUGCUCUUGGAAUGUUCCUACUACAGCCGCUUCGGUUGGGUGGUUCUGUCGCCAGGUGGCUGCUUACCACUGAGACUAUUUCUCUUGUUAAAUCUAAACUUGCAUUUCUGAUAUGAAUCUCGUGCUGAGUUUUAAGCUGUGAAAGGCAGCAGUAGAAUUGAUCACGUCAUUUCUGGUAAAAUGUAUUCUGGAGGGGGAUUGUGAGAAGGAGGUCCCGGUUAAUUGCAGUAGGAAACGUGUAGGAACUUAGCACCGUUACUUGUGUAUUUGUGCCUUUAAAACUCUAAAUUCCUUGCAUAUAAAAGCAGGAGGAUAAAUUGCUGACUGUUCCAUUCUGCCAGCUGAAGUGUGUUUUUCAGAUAGUAAUAUCAAAGCUGCGUGUGAAUCUGUGUGGAUUUACGAGAGUUUUCUGAGCAGGUUCUUGUGUCUUUCUGAGUUUUGGUCCUGUUUACAGCUGCAUCAUUAUUUUCAUGCCGUUUCUCUGCCAAGCAAAGCAGCAGAAGAGCUACCUGAAGAACUGCAGGCGGCAUCCCCGCUUGCUGGCUAGCUGCAGCACUGUUCGUUAGUUAGUAAGUAAAAUCCGUUUUUGUCUCAUGAUUAUUAUUCAAACAGAUGUCCUUAUGAUAACGCAGCUAUCCAGAUCAGAUUUAGAAGCAGCUUUAAAGGUUUCCAAAUACUUAAAUGAUGCUUUGGCAUCUUUUCCUAUCUUACUCUUAUUAAAUAAACUUGCUUGUAGUUAGUUACGGCAAAUUUUCCUUUUUCUUCAAAGCAGCUCAGCUGCACGAACACUCAUGCAGGUAAAAAUGAUAAACAGUGUGCUAGCUCAGAGCCACUUCAGUACCUGCAGCAGUCAGGUUUUUGAGUGCUUCAGGAUGGAAUAUGAAACAAAUAGUGAAGUAGAAAACAUUCUGGUGCGUCUGAGUGACUGAACAGACUCCAUUUUGUUCUCUUCUGCUUAACUGAAAGAGAGACACUUACUCUGUGCUGAGUAUUUGUACAGUGUAUGCUGAAUUCGAGGGCAGUGGGUGCUGUGCUUUAAGCCAGCAGCAGCUCAGCACCCCCCACAGCUACUCGCUCACCCCCCCAGUGGGAUGGGGGAGAGAAAUGCAAAAAAAGAAAUAAAGUAGAACUCAUAGGUUGAGAUAAAAAUUAUAUACUAAGACAGAAAAGGAAGAGGAAAAAGGAUAGCAGUAAUGAUAAUUAUGUAUCUAUCAUCAGACUCUGAGCAGCAGCUGCUUGCCCAGCCAAUUCCCCAUGACUUUUGAAGGUUUUUUCCACGUGGUGCCCUAUAGUGUGGAAUAUCCCUUUGGCCAGUUGAGGUCAGCUGUUGUGGUUCUGUGCCCUCCCAGCUCCCAGUGUCCCCUCACUGGCAGGGCAGUAUGAGGAGUGGAGAAACUGAAAGGUCCUUGGCUCCACACAGCACUGCCCAGCAGCAGCUAAACAUCAGUGUUUUAUCAACACUGCUUUUCUCCUAAAGCCAAAACACUGCAUCAUAGCAGCCACUACAGAAGAAAGAUCAACUCCAUCCCUGCUGAAAGCAGGACAGCUGGGCGGGCUCCUCUGCCUCCCAAGGUCAAAGCUGAUGCAGAAAGCUGCAGUGAAAACAGUCUGGGGGUUGUUCACUGAAGCUGUGACUGAGUAGCUGGAUCCCUGGGGGGAAACUGUUCCUCCAGCUACUGCUGCUGAGGUUUGUUUGCUCGGUGCAUUAUUGCACCUGAUGCUUCAAACGUCACUGCAGAUGACCUAAUGAGGAGAACACUGUUUUUUCACUUGGCAUUUUUGGCCUUUAAGAAACCUGUUCAUUAGAGAUCUGGGCAGCAUUAAAGCAGUGAUUUUGACUGCACCUCCUGCUACCUAUGGCUUUAAAGCUGGGUUCCUACUUAGUUUAUUACUUGGCUUUGUUUUCUUAGAUUCUGAAGUAAAGUUGCACACAAAGAAUGUAGUAUACACAGGUUCUGUCAAAUCUGCUAGGUAAGUCCACUGGAAAACAAAUGCUUCAGGCUGUCUGCAGGCACUGCUGCAGGUAACAGAACAGCUGAAGUAUUCAGCUGAGUGCAUGUUCAUUUUUUUUUAACAUGCAGAUAGCUCUUUGAGGGGUAAAAUCCAUUUCCACUUUCACUGGUGUGGUCCUGUAGGCUUGAUCCGCGUGACGUAUUGUGGAAAAGGCCCGAAGUAACUUCUGUCCUCAGUGUAUAUCAGACUGCCAGGAGUUGUGGAAGCAUCUGUCCGUGGAGAGCAAUUGUGUUGGCCUAGCUUCAUGUAGCCAAGGGAAGUGGGAGAGCGCUCUGUGCUGCCAGCAGGCUGCGGGCACAGCGAUGCUCGGUAGUGCACGUUGGGCCUCGGGCUGCCCGCCGUGCUGCCGGGUACUGUCCAGACUGCUUUGCUAGGAAUGUGGGAGCUGGAGUACAGCCACCAGAAGCUGUAAUUCUACCAGCUGUCAUCAGGUAGCAGUGUACACGGCUGCAGUGAGGUGCCGUGUCUCAGUAUCGCACACCUGGAGUGUCUCUGGAAAUACCGAACACAACAGUGAGCUUUGUUCACUUAAAUCAGGGUACAGUAGUGUGAGAAUUCAGCCUGUGGAUGGCAUACCUUGCCUUUGGCCUCCCUCUGUUUAAGCAUUUUACAAAUGCUUCAUAUUGUGGGAGUGAGGACUUUUCCAAGUGGAUGCCAUCGUGUGAAAGAAUUCUCUUGCUGGAUUUUACUGUGAUACCUGCUGCCCUGUCAUAUCCCUGUUCUCUUAGGCUAAUGCUCCGAAAUAAUUCAUUACUAGCAACCACCUCCUCACCUCUCCCGUUCCUCCCAUUUACAUUCAGGUAGGCUGUACUCUUAGGGAAGGCAUCAUAUUGAUGCCUCUGCAGAUUGUAUUAUGCUACGUCCUAUCUUUGGCCGGUGAGUGUUGUCCAGGGAAUUAGGACUUCAAUAAGCAUCACUGCACUGCGUUUUUUUUUUUCUUUUGCUGAAUUGGUACAGUGUUUUUGGAGUAGAAUAAGAUUGUAUUCCUCUGAGCAAGGAGUAGUACUGUAUGUUUUAGUAGGCUGUACUAGUGCAUGUAGUGUACUGUAGCCGAUGGGGCCCGGGGAGCUUUUUAAUAGCACUACAGCAAUGAAUGUUUACUUCCUGGAACAAACCAGAAAUGUGAUUCAGCAAAAUCUUUAAGAGCUGUAGUUUUUAUAUUCUGUAUGCUGGUGUGGACUGAAAGCACAACUUAGUAGUAGUUACAAAACUUGAUGUGUAAAGUCUGUAACAUAAUAUGAAUGUAAAAUGUCAGGGAAAAAUAGAAAUUAACCUUUUCUUCCCUGUAGUUAGAUAUAAAGGAAGAUGUGUUGCAAUGUAUUCAGGGACCAGCUGCCUCCGAUGUAGUUGUUAAGCCAGCAGCACAGAUUUGCUGUUUGCAUGGCUGGCUCAUUCAUGAGUGUUGAAUUAGCAGGCUAAGGAGGUACUGUUGAUCUUGUUUAUUAAGCCAGAAUUAAUUAACUCAGAGUCACAUUUUCAUGUCCAUAACUCUUUUGGUACAAAGUUUAGAAAUUGAUCCAUACUACUUGAAAAUAGCUUGAUUUUAUUGAUAUUUUUCCAAUUCUAUCAGCUUCUGUUUUGUUGCAGAGCACUUGUUCCGAAGCCAUCAAUUAAAGCAUCUCCAUGGUAGAGUGGCUUUUUUCAUUAAAAUAACGGUCUGUCAAACAGUUGGGCUGUGAUGAGCAUGUCCAGGCUGUGGCAUUACGAUGUACUCUUCCUGCUUAAUGCUUAUUUCCUUUUCUGGUAAUUAACAUUGAGAUUGUGGCUGCCCUUAGUUUUGUUCUAGCUCUACUUUUUCUCUUUUCCCUUCUGCUCUUCCUGCUGAAGAUAUAGUUGAAAUAUCUCAGCUUUCAGCUGCUUGUGCUGUUUUGUUUGGAUACUAACAAGGUGAGUAGGUGUCACUUGGAACGGCUGGGCCAUGUAUUUUAUUUCUAACUAAUCUUCAUGUUUGUCAGGGACCGGUUUGUGAUUCCUUUUGUUCAGCUUGCUUUGCUCACAGCAGUGGGAUCCAACUUCCUGCAUUGCUUUUCUGUUUCCUAAAAUCUUUAUUCGUUUUCUAGCUUCAGUUUGAAUUGUAAGCCAUGUGAAGCAAAAUGUAAGUUUACUUUUCAAAUAUGAGCAUAUAAGCUGGUUACGCCUUCAUGCUGCUUGAAAUACGUAUUUUUUUUCUGCAUAAGGUUUUAAGAUUUACAGCAGUAUUUGCUAAAGCUUUAAUGAAUAUCAACCACUGUUUUAAAACAAAGUAGGUUUCUGUUCAGGAAAAAGAAAGGAUAAAGGGAUCAUCCUUGGUUCUUAUUUCAACUGUCCUUAAAAAAAAAAAAAGCCACAAUAGGCUGCAUCAAAUGCUAGUAUCAAACAGCUGAUGUAACUGAGAGGCGUUACACCUGAUGGAAUUUCUGGAAUCUCAGGACUUAGUGGGCUUAAGCUUCUUGUUGGGGCUGCAGGAAGGAAAAAGGUCUUUGUCCUGUCUGUCUCCGUUCUGGAGCUGUGUGCAGAUCACCACUCUCCUCUACAAGAGAAAUGAAAUUCCAGUGGAUUUUUGAAAACGCUGGCCUGGUUUUUUUCCCUGCCUGUUCCUGGAGGACCCAGGAUUUGUAUGAGAUUCUCAUAUCAGCAUCUGGCAUCCUGCUGAUGUAAUGAAGCCCCUGGGUUGGUGCAGACGUGGCCUCCAGUGAGGAGCAGAGGAGGUAUUUCUGACUUAGAGAUGAUGUGAAGAGGUACGUGGGACACUUGUGCUGCUUUGAAUGAACUCCAUGUGCAGGUAUUCUUCUUUGCAGUGAUGCUCACUUGUAACUUCCUGUUGUGUGCACUGAUCGCCUCGACCUGAGCUAUUCCAGCUGAUUCCUGAUCACAGUGUUGGAGCAGGGAGCCUCUAGUACAGCUUCCCUCUGGCUAGCAACACAGAAAACAGAGAAGCUGCUGUAAAUUACUCUCCCUGUUCAGCUGCUUUUCAGCUGAGAAUCGUUUGUCGAUUUGCAAGUGGGUAUCUCAAAGAUAAAACUUAAUUAACUCUCAGGAUUAGAUUUCAAAAUCUCUCUGUAUGUUAGAAUUCAGCAUUAGAAGCAGUUUUUAUGUUGCUUUAAAGUAAAGCACUUUGGCUCGUUAAUGUCAGUUGAUGGUUUUGAUUUGGUGGAAAACCUUGCAUGAAGCAGGACACGAACCAACAGCUGCUUUGGGACUGGUCAGCUCCAUCUGAGAGCCAAGAUACUACCUCUUCAGCUGGGCCAGGACUUUCUCUGUAAACCACUGUAGUGUAAAGAGCUUUUCACAUCAAGGAGGACUGGCUUCUCAGGUUCUGUGCCAGUAACUGCUGAAUUAUUUGAAACAGUAUAAUAAGGUUCAUUUUAUUGAUUUAUUACUUUCAGUUGCUUGAGAGGUAACCAGUAUGGCCUGGUGUUGGUAUCUAUAAAAAUCCCGAGUCUGCAAAACCUGCAUAGUUAACACUACUCUGUUCAACAAAGGAAUGACACUCAGAGCUAUGUUGUUUAAUACUAAUUUCUGAUCCCUUAAUUUUGUAGAAAGCAAAUGUUUUCCAGGGAACAUUGCACAGUCUGCUGACAGCAUGUGGAUGUUUAGUAGAGUUCAGGAGUUUAAUGCUGUUGCCAGCAUUGAUACUUUUGAUAUCAAAUGCGUUUUUACAAAAGCUUUGGAUACUUGUUUUUACUGUUCAACAAAUGUCUUUAAUAUGAUUGUUUUGUGUAUGUUUCACUAGCAUUCCCACGUGUUUGUAUGGUUUCUACAGGUGAAUAUACUGUACAUUCUGCUUUGUCAUUUUCUAUUAUGGUUUAUACUAGAAAGCCUGCAUGGUUUGUACUGUACCGCAGGCAAGGACUGCAUUAAAACCAUUUUUGGUUAAUUUAU